AUGUCCACCAUCAAAGCUACCGCGGAUGACGGCGCCGUUGACGGCACCACCUCGUACCAACUUGCGAUGUCUUUGGACUCCACUUUCGUGAAUGAUACGGAUGAUACGGCCGUUGAGGAAACUGUUAUGUCUGACCAAGCUUCUGCCCGGAAGCUCCGUUUCGACACCGCUUUUGCAAGGUUACGGUUACUGGAGGCGAACAACGUCGCGGCGCAUGACUUCACAUUCCGACACACAGACGGCUACGAAUGGGCGCUGCCCUCAUUCAAGGCAAAGACUCAUGCAUCCACGUUGUCUCAGUUCAUGGAUGCGAACAAUUCCGCCGUCGCCAUCUUCAAGCCCAGCGAUUUACACCCAAUCGCCAUCGACAUGGCCUUGGAUCAUUGGCAUUUCGGGGAUUAUGAGUUCCAGAUCGAGGACAACAACGACGAAGGUGCACUCAAUGUCACCAUGAAGCACACGCGGACCGGAAGGAAUUACCUUAUCUCAGCGAAUAUCGUCGUCUUACACAUCGUCGUGCACGACGGAGCCAUGACGUUGGGCGACAAGAAUCUAGCGCACACUGCCUUUGCCAAGUUGCAGCAGGCAUUCUGUCAGGUGUCCGACAUCGGCGUCGCUGAAGCCGUUGUCGACCUGGUUUUCGAGACCUUUAUCGCAGAUCGGGACGAGGACUUCCGCCUCCGCAGCCUUGUUGUUACAUGGGCGCAUAUUUGGGAGAAGAGGUGGAUGAAGAACACACCGAAAAGGUAUCUUCGCCUCAUCGAGGAUAUCCCCGAAUUUGCGCGUAUGAUAAAGGAAGCCGAGUAUGAGAGCAAAGGGGAGUACCAGGCUGAUGCUUGA